AAGACAUACAGUGGCCAGCACAUCGGGUUGAGGAAGUGAAGACUUUCGUUUCCCUCGAUGAACUUAUUUAUAAUCUGCGCCUUGUACAUCAGAAAGGGGAACUAAGGUUGUCUGUUGGGUUUCUGUCACUCCGGUAGACAAAACUUUCAUUCCGGUGCCCGCGAGGAGCCCAGCGCGAGGAUCACGAUGGAGGCAUCUGAUGACGAGUUGGUCGGGGUUGCUGAUGAGCUUGUAGAACCUCCCAAUGGUGUCAUAAACGAACUGCUGAAUGUGGGGCAGGAAGACAACAUGCAGGGCGAGGUGGAGGAGUUUCUGGGCCCGCAGGCAGAGUACAAUGAGGAGGAGGAGGAGAAGAAAUACUACAGGAGGAAGAGGCUGGGAGUCAUCAAGAAUGUUCUUGCAGCCAGUGUGGGAGCCAUGAUUGUUUAUAGUGUAUACAUGGGCCUACUGCAGAUGCAGCUGAUCCUCCAUUAUGACAUGACCUACCGCGAGGUGAAGUACAGCAACCUCGGCCUGGAGGACAUCGAUCGCAAGAUGCUGAUGGGCAUUAAUGUCACGCCCAUUAUAGGCUUGCUGUACACCCCCGUUCUUAUCCGGUUUUUAGGUACUAAGUGGAUGAUGUUCCUGGCUUCUGGAAUCUAUGCACUCUUUGUCUCAACCAAUUACUGGGAGCGUUACUACACCUUGGUUCCAUCAGCCGUUGCCAUCGGCGUGGCCAUUGUGCCUUUCUGGGCCUCCUUGGGAAAUUACAUCACAAGAAUGGCGCAGCAGUAUUAUGAGUACGUCAACUACAAGGAAGAGCACGUGCAGGAGCAGAAGAAGCUCCCUAAGGGAGCGUGCCACAGAUACAUCAUCAUCUUCCAGUCGGUCUUCAACAUCAUCUUCCAUCUGAGUUUUGUCUUUGCGCAGUUCCCCAUGCUCUUCGUCCUCAACUACUACCUGAAUGACAACCAGCACAUUCUCUUCAACGUCAAAAGCUGCGGAGCAAACAUCAGUGGAUUGAUCCCUGGCUUCAACACCACCGUACUUACAAACCUGCCGCGCUCCAUGCUGCUCAUCCAGGUGGAGAGUGUCCUUAUGGGCUUCGCCUUCCUCGCCAUGAUCAUCUUCCUUGUGCUGUGUGGCGCUGCCUACCGGCCGACAGAAGAGAUCGACCUCCGCAGUAUCGGCUGGGGAAACAUCUUCCAGCUGCCCUUCAAACACCUGAGAGACUACCGCCUGCGACUGCUCUGCCCCUUCUUCAUCUACAGCGGAUUUGAAGUGCUGUUUGCCGUCAGCGGAUUCUCCCUGUCCUAUGGCGUCUGCAUUUUGGGCCUGGAUAAACUGUGGCUCCUUAUACUGGUCUACGGCCUCUCCUGCUCCAUUUUUUCUUCGCUCUGCCUUGGCCUCCUGCGCCUCCCGCGCUGGGUGUGUCUGAUGGGGGGUGCUGCUGUGCAUGCCGUGCUGCUGGUGGUUCUCCUUUGCUUUUCACUGUGUCCACAUCCAGACAAAAGUCCACAGUAUCUGAGCCCUCUGCUGGUGAUCAUAGCGCUGUGGGGACUCGGCACCGCCCUGAACAAGACGGGCGUUAGCAUUCUGCUCGGUAUGCUGUACGCUGAGGAAAAAGAACGUCUGGACUUUGUGUAUACCAUUUAUCACUGGUGGCAGGCCAUCGCCAUCUUCAUAGUCUACCUCUGGUCCAACCUGCCUAUGAGGGCCAAACUCUCCAUCCUGCUGGCCACCUUAUUGCUGGCCUGCUAUUGUUAUUGGGUGAUGGAGCGUCGGCUGGCCAGUAAAAUGCCUUUCAGACUGCCUCGCAUCCCUCGGCCACGGCACAAGGUCAAAGGCUACCGCUACCUGGAAGAGGACAACUCCGAUGAGUCUGACUCUGAGAGUGAGGAGGAUGACGAAGAGGACGGGGAGCAGGUGGCGGAGGAGAUGGGAGCCGAGGGCGGGGAGGAGGGAGGCCGUGACGCAGAGGUCCAGGGAGCUGACUCACCAGGAGCCAGGAGGAGAGGGGCCGAGGGUCAGCGCCGCAGACAGGACCGCGCUCAUCUGAUGGAGGGAUGAGGGAAGAGCGUGCGAGAGGAGGAAAAAGAAGGAGGGAUGAGGGAAGAGAGUGAGGUAGGGUGAGAGGGGAGGAUAAAAGAAGCAGGGACGAGGGGAGAUUCUGGAGAGAGGGAAGAGAAAUGGAGAUGUGCUGGUUGCUGUUGUGCUCAUGACUUCAUUCAUUCUUCAUUCUGUUUUUUUCCCGUUAAAACUUUUUUCAAAAGGCAAGUAAAAUCGUAAGACAUAAUGCAGGCAUGUGAAGUGCUACACCCUGGCAAGCUAUCGGAAGCUUGUGUAUAGGGGCCCAGACACUAGCAAAUAAUAGACAUUAUAAAUAUAAUCAUAUGGUUUGGAUAAAAGGAACACUAUUAUACAAUAAUAUUUACAGCCUACAAGAAAAAAGAAAAGAAAAACCUAACUACUCUUACGCUGCCUAAGUAGUCCCAAGAUAUUUACUCCAUCAGUCUAAGCAUUGGUGAGUGAAAUAGAUAAGAUGCAAUAAACGUAAACCUGUAACAAGUAAGAAUAACCGUAGAAAUAAAAUAAAUUCUUCUUUCAUGUCAAAAAAACAGGCCUAAAAUGCCCCAAAAAUAAUCUUAAAAUAAAAGGAUUUCAGAGUCACUAGCUUAGAAGUCCCCAGCUGUUAAGAGUAUUCAAGUGUUAACAUAUUUUAGUAGUAGUAGGAGUACUACACUAAACAAAAGCAUUUUUUUUUCUGGCAUAAGAUUUAAUUAAAAAUAUCUAAUGACCUGUUCAGCUAUAUUCAUUCACAACAGUGAUCCAGGAGAAAGGGCACAGGUAAUGUAAAUACUACAUUGCUAUUUAACAAUAGGAAUGGCAGUCUUAAAAGGUAGCACACACUGGAUACAACGUGAGUGAAUGACAGAAUACAACAAGAAUCAUUUUGUUGCUUUUUGCUGGAGCUUCUGGCUCAUAUUUACCAAUGUGCCAAUAAUUAUAGAGGGCAUAGCGGCUGCUUUUGUGCUUCAUUAAGUAGAAAACAUAUUUUGUAAGCUAGUUUCAUUUUAAAAAAGAGCACUUAUCU